AUGAUAUGCUACGAACUUGACGCCAAAGGGAAAGGCGAACGAAAAGUGGACGAUAUCGGUGACGACAAUGACGACUUUCAGCAACCUAAACAGAAGAGGAACAAACAGCGUGUACUGCUACUAUCCUUUCGGGGCAUCACCCACCGCAGCGGCGGCAUGAGACAUCUCAUGAAUGAUCUGGAGGCUCUGCUACCUCAUGCAAAGAAAGUGAUACAAAUUGUUGAUUCCAAUCCUGAAUUCGUUGCACCUGCCAGUGCUUCCGUCCGCUCAAUGAUCAGGCAUGCCACAGGAGGCAAAUACCCGGCAACGGAAGGUCGCCCAGGAGGAGACCUUGAAGAGAAAGGAGCUUCUGCUAUGCUUGGAGGACCGUUGUCACUUGGGAUACGACUUUGCUAUCACUUCGACCUCGACGAACGGGGGGUCUAUCUCAACUUGGAAGAGCAGGAUGUCGAGGGGCACACGAUCAAUUGCGUGAACAUCACUUUCCGCUCGCAUAGGGCGACUCAGAUACAGAUAUCAUGGACCGGAUGGCGCGCCUCCAACACUUCCACAACUAGCGAAUCGCUUUUCGCCCAUAUCUGGCAUCGAGAAAGCGGCGCCCUUGAAGUUAGUUAGGCCUUGAGAUAGAGAAGACUUGAAUUGAAUGGGUGGAAGGCUGUGGAAGGUCAACUCGAGGUACUGGACCAAAAGAACGUACGCUACGACAAAUACCGUAUUCUUGAACAUUGUCGAAAUGAAUUAAAUGAAUUUGCUGAAGACUCUAGAGUAGACAAUGACAAAUAUUGAAGGCCAACAACUUGUAAAUCUGUAUAGACGAAAGCAAUGAAACAUAAAACUACACACCAAUAUGAAUGAAAACAAUCCGUUGCUCGAGUGGCACCUUCUUCUUCACGACAUGC